AUGUCGGAAUCCGGGGGAAGCGCUCAGGAGGCGGGCCGCCCGCGCCAGACGACCCCGUCAACUCGCCGCCCAGAAGCCGCGCCGCGUCCGGAUCCCUCGAGCGGCGAGCCGAAUCCGAAUCCUCUGCUGGCGCCCCCCAGCGCCGUCAAGGCCCCCUGUCUGGGAUCCGCACGGUCCAUGGACACCUUCUGGUUCCCGCAGCUGUCGCCGGGAGGCCACGACGACACGACGUCGCGCAGAGUCCGGCGCGGCUUCGACUCGGACAAGGAACUGGUCUUCCUGACGUGCUGCCGCCAGUACCCCAAGGCCGUGGGCUGGUCGCUGCUGCUGUUCCUGACCGUCGUCCUCGAGGCGUACGGCAAGUCGCUGCUGUUCGGGUUCGUCGCGUUCCCGGCCUUUCAACGCAAGUACGGGACCUUGAGGGCGGGAGCGCGUCCGGGCAGCGGAGACUACGAGAUCUCGUCGGCGUGGCAGAUUGGCCUGCAGAACGCAACCUACGCCUGCGAGCUGGUCGGGCUGCUGACCCACGGAUACAUCACGUACAUUGUUGGCUAUCGAAAGGUCAUGAUGGGAAGCCUGCUCUGGCUGUGCAUGUCCGUCUUCCCCGCCGUGUUCGCGAACAGCAUCACGACGCUGCUGGUCUCGCAGGCCUUGUGCGCUGAGCAACUGGCCCGUUGCUGGCCCUCUUCCUUCCGCGACCCUCGGCCUGACCGCGCUGCAGGUAUUCCCUGGGGCGUCAUCCAGACGCUGGCCGCGACGUACGCGGCCGAGGUCGUGCCCUCGGGCCUGCGGCCCUACGUCCUGAGCAACAUCAACAUCUGCUGGGUGGCAGGGCAGCUCCUGGGAACGGGCGUCCUGCGGGCCAUGCUGCACAAUACUUCGGAGUGGUCGUACCGGCUGCCGGUCAUCCUGCAAUGGGCCUGGGCCGUUCCGCUGCUCGUCGGCGUGUCCUUUGCGCCCGAGAGUCCCUGGUGGUUUGUCCGUCACGAGAGGCCCCGCGAUGCCCGCCGGUCCCUCGGCCGGCUCUGCAGCCGGCCCGGCGCGCACAUCGACGACAGCAUAGCUCUCAUGGAGCACAUCAACGGCGUCGAGAAGGAGCUCAACUACGGCGGCGCGACCUACUCGGACCUCUUCAAGGGCGUCAACUGCCGCAGAACCGAGAUCUCGUGCGUCGCCUGGAUCUGCCAGGCCCUUUCGGGCGGCGUCCUGACCGGCUACGCGGCCUACUUCUUCGAGCAGGCCGGCUUCAGCCCGUCCGACUCGUUCAGCCUCUCCACGGGCAUGUACGGCAUGGCCCUGGUCGGGGGCGCCAUCUCGUGGCUGCUCGUGUCCAAGAUUGGCCGCCGGAAGCUCUACGUCUUCGGGCUGGCCUCGACGGUCGUGCUCCUCUCCGCCGGCGGCAUCGUGUCGGCGGCCUCGGCCAGCUCGGCCGUGGGCGACUGGAACCUGGGCGGCCUCAUCAUCCUCAUGACCUUUGUCUACGACCUGACCAUCGGCCCUGUGUGCUACAUCGUCGUGGCCGAGGUGCCCUCGACGCGGCUGAGGGUCAAGACGGUCGCCCUGGCCAGGGUCGUGUACAACGCCGCCAUGAUGUUCAACGCCGCCGUCGUGCCCAACAUGCUCAACCCGGCCGUCUGGGGCAUCCAUGGCAAGUCGUGUUUUCUGUACGCCGGCACGGCCUUGUGCUGUCUCGUGUGGUGCCUUUUCCGUCUGCCCGAGACCAAGGGGCUGUCGUAUCUCGAGCUGGAUAUUUUGUUCGAGAAGAAGGCUCCCGCGCGCAAGUUUGCAGAGGUCCAGGAUAGACUUUCCAAGUCGGCGUAUCUCACCGUCUCGCGUGCCGAGCGACUGACGGACUCCUGGCACGGGUGGUUGGCGUAUUCGUAG